AUGUCGUUUUCGCCUUCAAUACCACGGGACAGCGCGGACGCUGACGGUGGCGGCAGCGACCACAACCGACUGCCUUUUCAGGACCUCAGUUUUCGAGGAAAUACGCCGACAGAACCUUCGGUGAAGGUGGCCCCUCCGCUCGUCUUCCGUCAGAGCACUCACCGCCUUCCCUACUUUGCACACCAGCAGCUCGAUCUGGAUUAUUUCCCACUAACCGUGGGUCGGCCUGUAGGUGGUCCGAUAGUCGAGGGAGAGGAAAGCGACCAGGGUUGGGACGACGAGGAUAGUCAGGGCGGUGCCGAUCUCGAGUCCGAUGCAGAUGAUGACCUGUAUCCGGAUAAGCCGAGGCGUCGCCGCAAGUUCGAGUCCUCCAAGAUAGCCAAUGCUGCCGAGCUCAAGAAGAUGAAGAUCCAGGGAGGCCGCCCUGCCAUUGCGAAGAAGGUCACAGCCGACCUGGACUCCGAUGAUGAGCUGAUUGUUCGCAUGAAAGAAGCACGAUAUCUGGAGAAGGACAUCGCGAAGGCUCUCGUCGACCAGGGUCGCACUGCCUACAACCCCAAGACCAUUGGCACUCGCUGGAGACGUCUCAAGGCGGCUUUGCAGAAGAGACAGGACGACUUGCUUGAUGCUGACCUGACGGACUGGCACGAGGGCGACGAUGAUGUUCUCCUGCAAGCGGUUGUUAAGACAGACAAGGAGGUCAAGAGGCUUAAAGAAGAGAUCGAGGCCAAGAAAUGGCGGAUGGUGGCAGAUCAGCCCGUUGUCAACUUCUCGCAGAAUGCUUGUCGUGAGCGAUAUGAAGCUCUCCAGGCAGGAACUGCGAAGCCCACGCCCGAGUCGAUUGAGACUCCGUCCGAGGAAAUUCUCGAGCGCAUCAGAUCACGGAAAGACAAGGAGCGGAAGAUCGCAGAAAGCACUCAGUAUAGUGCACUGGAGCAGAAGAACGUCGAGGCCAACGCAUGGACAUCAAGGAUGCGGACCUAUUUCUAG